AUGGAAGGUGAUGAUCACCCCAUGGGGGAGGCCGAGCCUGUGAAUGGUUCUGCUAGCACUCGGGCCGACGGCGAAGGAACCCCGUCAAAUUCUGCCGACUACGAGUCGGGGAGUGAUCCCGAUGAGACUCCUAUGUCUCUAGAGCCGCUCCGACGUCGCGGAUUGCUUCCUACCGGGUGCUGCUACGAUGACCGCAUGAAGCUACACAUGAAUGCGGACUUCAGCCCCAACACACAUCACCCGGAAGAUCCCAGGCGCAUUCACGAAAUUUUCAAAGCCUUCAAGAAGAUGGGUCUUGUUUAUACCGGUCCGCAAUCCGAACUGCCUCGCAUUAUAAAGGAGUCUCCUACGAAGUAUAUGUGGCGGAUUCCCGCGCGGCAAGCCCGGCGGGACGAGAUCUGCCUGGCCCAUUCCGCCGAACACCUGACAUGGGUUGAAGGCAUUGAUAAGUUGAGCUCCGCUGAACUUCGCACACUUACCAGACAGUUUGACCAAGGUCGCGAGUCACUGUAUGUUGGUAGUAUGUCUUACCCGGCGGCUUUGCUCUCUGCUGGCGGCGCGAUUGACACAUGCAAAAAUGUUGUUGAGGGGCAAGUGAAGAACGCAUUUGCGGUCAUUCGGCCGCCCGGCCACCACGCAGAGUACGACCAGGCUAUGGGAUUUUGCUUCUUCAACAACGUACCUGUGGCCGUGCGCGUUUGUCAGCAAGACUAUCCUGAUGUCUGCCGCAAAGUUUUGAUCUUGGACUGGGACGUGCACCACGGGAACGGCGUUCAGAAUAUCUUCUACAAUGACGCAAACGUUCUUUAUAUCUCCAUCCAUGUAUAUCAAAAUGGAUCUUUCUAUCCAGGAAAGUCGCCCGAUCCCAGUGUUCCCGACGGCGGCAUAGAAAACUGUGGCAUUGGGCCAGGUCUUGGCAAGAAUAUCAACAUUGGGUGGCACGAUCAGGGCAUGGGAGAUGGGGAGUACAUGGCCGCUUUCGAAAAGAUCGUCAUGCCCAUCGCAAAAGAGUUUGACCCUGACCUGGUUGUCAUUUCGGCUGGGUUUGAUGCUGCUGAUGGAGAUGAGUUGGGCGGUUGCUUCGUCACACCACCAUGCUACGCUCAUAUGACGCAUAUGCUAAUGUCUUUGGCUGAUGGAAAGGUUGCUGUCUGCCUCGAAGGUGGCUAUAACUUGCAAGCUAUUUCCAACUCGGCAGUGGCUGUUGCGCGAACUUUGAUGGGCGAGCCGCCGCCUCGCAUGAAGGUUCCUAUGAUCAACAAGGAAGCGGCGCGAACUCUGGCCAAAGUUCAGGCUCAUCAAGCACCAUAUUGGCAAUGCAUGCGCCCCGGUGUUGUCAAUGUACCAGAAACGCAGUCACUUGAUGGAACCCGUCUCCACGAUGUCAUUCGAAGCGCACAACAACAAGCCUUACAGGCCAAGUAUAAUAUGGUACCGUUGUACGUGCAGCGCGAUCAAAUAUCCAAGUCAUUCGAAAAUCAAGUACUGGUUACACCAAAUCUACAGGAUGCUAGACGCCUGCUAGUAAUUAUUCACGAUCCGCCACAGCUGCUGGCGCAGCCCGACGUUAUUGAUGGAUCUUUGGACGGCCACAACUCCUGGGUAAUAGAUGGCGUCACACAGUACAUCAACUGGGCAGUUGGGCAGAAAUUCGCGGUCAUGGAUGUAAAUGUUCCGGCCUACGUAUCUCAGGAAGAGGAUAUGGAAGCUUUUAUCCCGGGCUUCAAGGAGCGGGCACUCCAAGAACAGAUGCAGUCUCUCAUGUGCUAUCUGUGGGACAAUUUCCUUCAACUUAGCGAUGCAGAGGACAUAUUCUUGAUGGGAGUUGGAGACGCAUACCUCGGAGUUAAAGUGCUUCUCCUUAACAGAGACUGCAAAGCCAGAAUAUCCGGCGUCAUCAACUUUGUUUCAGGCAGUCUCCGUCCCGUCAAAUCUGAUAUUGACACCGAGCUUUCAUCCUGGUAUAGGGACAAUUCUCGUGUCUAUGUUGCUGGCGAUCACGCUUGUUGGUUAGACUAUGAGCUGACACGCAAGGUGCAGAAACGUCGCUUUGGCACCGUCGUCCGCAGCGAAAUGGUUGGGCUGAACAAGAUGAUGCAUGCACAUGCAGAGGAGACACAACACUGGAUCAUGGAACGCGUUGCUGAUACCCGUGGAGAGACGACUGAGGAUGAGAAGUCGCCACAAUAA